AUUUGUAGUGAAUCGGUUGCCUUAUUACACUAUUCAUACUAUUCUCCUCUGUCCCUCUUUGGUUUCAUAAGAUGGCCGAGGCGGCAGUUGGUUUAGCGUCCGCUAUUUUGACGCUGACUAUCUUCACCUUCGACACAGGCAAAUCACUAUAUGAAGUUUUGUCCAGCUUUAGAAGCCAAAAAAAAGGAAUCAGAGAUCUCAAAACUGAGCUUUCCUCUUUACUUUCCAUAGUUGCGACGAUUCGGGAGGAUGUCGAACGCUCAAAAGAAGCUGAGAGAUUCGAGCCGCUACGCCAGCCACUGGAAAAUUGUUCAAUAACGUGUCGAGAAAUUCGUGAAAUGCUUGACGCAUGUACAAUUCAUUCAAAUGGUGAAUCGGACAGUGUUCGGGAUUGGCUCAGCCUACGAUUCCAUGAAAGGAGUUUCGAAGAGAUGAAGCACCGACUGUCCAGCUAUAAGUCAACACUCAAUAUUUGCUUCGAGUUAAUAAAUGGACGGAACCAUACCAGGACCCUGAAUUCAUUGAAUGAGCUUGAAGGCUUAAUUCGCGGUACCAGAGAAGACUUGGAAGAGCAAUUGGAUCGUGUACUACGGACCGUCAACGAUUCAGACGCACUGUCCCAGGAGAACCUUCGGGCUGAUUAUGCUCGAUUGAAGAGUAGCAUCGAGAGCCUCUCACAGGCUCAUAAAGUGAUAGACACCAACCAUCCUAAAAUUGUCGUCGAGGACAACCGAGCUGGCCCUGAUAGCCGCGCAAUAUUUGGCACCGAUACUACACAACCACACUUCAUGUUGAACGUAUCAAAUAAUGAGGCUGGGAAAGGUGCCCUGAUGGGCGCUGGUAUCUAUACUUCUCAAACUCUCCGGGAACUACUGAGAGAUUCUCGGGCAUCAGAAACUACCCUUGCACUUCAAUCAUUACAGACUCAACCUCAUAGUACCGAUGACACGGACAUACAGUCUCUUCUGCAUUCUUUUUCGGUGCAAUGCAAGCAAGAGCUUCCAAGUACCUCUGAGGUCAGCUCUUCUAGAAGGUUAAUAAUUUCAGAACAUGUGAGCACAACAGAGACUCUAUAUCCACCAACUACCCCCCCCUGAUGGAGCGGUGAAUCAUGGCAAAUUUAAUGAACAGAAUUCUGAGUGAUAUUUUGGGUAGCCGGCUUAUGUUGAAUGCAACUUGUCGCCC